ACUCCGUCACGAGUUACACGGGAGAAAUAGGUAGAGGCGGUAGAGAUCUGGACUUCUUCUGGUCGGCCACACGUCCGCAGUUAUGUGUUUCAGGAUUAAUCGCUUCUGUUGCUUCAAGAACACUAAAAACGGAUCGCUGGCCUGCGCAUUCUACACGGGGAUCGUAUCGUUAGGAGGGAUAAUCACCAACUCCGUCGUUCUGGCCUUAUUUGACAGAUACAAACAGAAGCUCUACGACUUCAACAAAGGCAAAAUAGAUCAGGCUUCCAUCCAAUUAUAUUUUCGGUUAUCUUUAUCGUCGGCCGUGGUCUUGUUCCUGGUCAGUACACUUUUAUACGUAGGCAUUAAAAAGGAGAGGCGCCGGCUGACCGUCCCCUGGAUGGUGUGGAUGGCCGUCCUAAUCGCCGUUCAACUCUGCUCGGUUUUCUUUUUAUUCCUCAUCAUUAAAGCUAAUCCCAUAAUUCUUCUCCAGUGCUUCGUUAUCGUUUUAUUCUCCGCGGUAAACAUUUAUUGUUUCGCCUGCGUGUAUUCUCAAUACAAGACCUUACAAGAAAUUCCGUGUUCUAAGGAAACGCAAAUACUUCGAAGUCCCCGCACCGCCUAGUCUUCUCCCUUCCUUUUAAUCGGUUUUCGUGUAAUUUAUUUAUUAAAAGCCAAAGUUAUUUUUGUAUAA